GAAUUACGGUCAUCGGGGCGCUGUCGCGUGCGCGCAGCUCGGAAUGAUGGGCGAAGGGGAGGCGGUCGUCGCGUUUGCGCGGGGAGAACGGGUUUUGUUCGGGUACGCGGGUUUGUAACGCGGUUGUCGACAUGUACGCGAAGUGCGGGUCGGUGGAGCGGGGCGGAGGCCGUGUUCCGGUCGAUGGCGGAGAAGUCGCUUGUUUCGUGGAAUGCGAUAUUGAUGGGUUUUGGUAUGCACGGGCGCGGAGAGCAAGCGUUGCGUCUGUUCGAUGAGAUGCUCGGAGCAGGGAUUGCCGAGCCUGACGCGGUUACUUACUUGGCGGUACUAUGUGGUUGCAAUCAUGCGGGCCUUGUAGACGACGGGCUUCGUGUUUUCAAAUCAAUGAAGGUAGCACCGAACGUGAAGCAUUAUGGCACCAUUGUCGACCUUUUGGGUCGUGCAGGGAGAUUAUGCGAAGCACACGAAGUAAUAACGUCAAUGCCUUCAGGUAUAGAACCAGACGCGGUACUCUGGCAAACUCUACUCGGAGCGUGCAAGACCCACAGCCACAUUGAGCUCGCCGAGCUGGCAUCUAAUAAGCUCCGUGACAUGGGAUCAAACGGAGACGGAGAUUACGUGCUCUUGUCCAACGUUUACGCAGCAAAAGAACGGUGGUCAGACGUUGACAGGGUCAGAGAUGAGAUGGUCAGGAACGAUGUCAGGAAGACGCCAGGGUUCAGUUACACUGAGAUCGAAGGCGUUGCGCACAAGUUCCUCAACGGCGAUAAGGGGCACGAGCGAUGGGAGGCGAUAUACCGAAAAUUGGACGAAAUCGGGUCAAGAAUCAAAGGGCUAGGAUAUGUACCGGAUGUGAGUAAUGUGUUGCAUGACAUAGGGGAGGAGGAGAAGGAGAAUGCGUUGUAUCAUCACAGUGAGAAGCUUGCUAUUGCUUUUGGGUUAAUUAGUACAAAAGAUUGUGCACCAAUACACGUGAUAAAAAAUCUUAGGAUUUGUGGGGAUUGUCAUACGGUGGCUAAGUUUAUAUCAAAGGCUUACAAUAGAGUGAUUGUAGUACGGGAUAGAGCGAGGUUUCAUCAGUUUGAGGGUGGAGAAUGCUCAUGCGGAGAUUAUUGGUGAUGCGUAGUGUUUUAUCUUUUUGUAUUCUAUUUAUUAAUUUUGUUCGGCUGAGUUGCUGAACCAAGAAAUUUUGGGGAAAAGCCUUAUGGUGUUGUAU